AUGACUUCUACAGAAAUAGCAACGGAUAAGGCCGAAGGUGAUAAUGAUCGAUAUCAUCGAGAACUUUAUAAUGCUAUUCAAGACGAUGAUUUUCAACGGUUGAAAGAUAUACUUAAUGAACUAGAUCAAUGUAAAGAAUCCACCACGAAGAAAGAAGUACUCAAUAUGGGCUAUCAGGAACAAGAUGGAUCAACAGCAUUAAGUAUAGCAGCUGAAAAAAAACAUAAAGCUGUCACCGAACUUUUAGCUGCAUGUCCGGAAGUCGAAGUUAACAAAGCAUCAUUAUCUGGUAUUACACCAUUAUUAAUGGUUGCCGAAGUUGGUUGGUCAGAUAUUCUUGAUAUUCUAUUAGAACGUGGUGCUGUAGUUGAUUCAGCACCAACUGGUAAACGAGCUGAAGAUAAUAAAUUAGCUGGUUCAACACCAUUAAUUGGUGCAACAAAAUACAAUCAUCCAGAAUGUGUUAAACUUUUAUUAGAACAUCAUGCAAAUCCAAAUCAUCAAAAUCAGUCGGGAACAUCAGCAUUAAUGAUUGCAGCUGAACAUGGUUAUUUUGAAUGUGUUAAAUUACUUGUUGAAGCACGAGCUGAUCUUGAAUUAGCAUCAAGUGAUCAAUUGGCUUUAACUAUGAAUUUAUGUGGCCAAACAGCAUUAUUUUCCGCGGCGAAAGAAGGUAGAACAGAAAUAGUUAAAUAUUUAUUAGAUCGUGGAGCUAAUCCUCGUGUACAAAAUCAUUAUGGUGUUAGUGCUUUAUGGAUACCAGCACUAAAAGGCAUGUUAGAAGUUGUUGAAUUAUUAUUAAAUGCUGGUGCUGACACAAAUGUUGCUCCAUUCGGUAAUGUAGCUGAUGAAUUAAAUAUAACUGGUUGGACACCCCUUUAUGCUGCAAUGAAAUCUGGAAAAUUUGAUGUAGUUAAAUUACUUCUUAAACGUGGUGCUGAUCCAAAUGCAGUACAAAAAUUGAUUUCAACACCAUUUUUACUUGCAUCUGAAAUAUGUGAUUUGGAUGUAAUCGAAGCAUGUGUUGAAGCCGGUGCUGAUCUUGAGUUUAAACCCAGUGGUUCAGAUGCUGAUAAUUUAAAUAUAACUGGUCAAACAGCACUUUUUAUGGCUACAUUAAAAAAUCGUGUUGAUGUUGUGAAAUUUUUAAUACAAAAAAAAGCACAAAUUAAUGUACAAAAUCGUUAUGGUGUAUCACCAUUACUUCUUUGUGCUGAAUCAGGAAAUUAUGAACUUGUUCAAGCAUUGGUAGAAGGUGGAGCUGAUGUUAAUAUCAUACCGCAAGGCGCAUUAGCGGAAGAAAGUAUUCUUGCCGGACAGACGCCACUUUUUGGUGCUGCGAACAAAGGCCAUGUUAAAAUUUGUGAAUAUCUUAUAAAAAAUGGUGCUGAUCUCAAUGCUGUAACAGUGACUGGUGCCACACCAUUGUAUACGGCUAUUGAAGAAGGUCAUUUAGAAGUUGUAGAAUUAUUAAUUCGACAUGGUGCCGAUGUUAAUCAAUCACCUCAAGGUGAAGUUGCACGAGAUCUUCAUAUUGAAAAUCAAACACCUCUAUUAAUGGCAUGUAUGAAAAAUUAUGAGACAAUUAUUCGUCAUUUAAUUGAAUCUGGUGCAAAUGUUAAUGUUACAUCUGAAUAUGGAUCAUCACCAUUUCUUGCUAUAUGUCAACAUAAUAAUGUUGAAUUAGCACGAUUGCUUAUUCAACAUGGAGCGCGACAUGAUGUUGAAACAAAAAAUGAAAAUGAUGGAACAAUUAAUGGUUUAAUUGUUGCAGCUGAAUACGGUUCAUUUGAUAUUUUACGUUUGUUAGUUGAAGCAGGAUUAGAUAUUAAUUAUAAAAUUGAAGGAAAAGGUGAAUCAGCUGGUCGUACACCUUUAUUUUGUGCAUGUGCAGCAGGCUUCCAAAAUAUUGUUGAAUAUUUAAUUGAUCGAGGAGCUGAUGUUAAUGCAACAGAAAAAAGUGGUCUUUCAUGUUUACAUAUUGCUGCAGCUAUGGGCCAUGCUGAUACUGUUCGAAUCUUAUGUGAACGUGGUGCAAAUGUUAAUCAAGCAUUUCGUUACGAAGAACAAGAUACAACUGCUUAUGACUUAGCUGAAUCUCAGCAACACGACCAUGUUUGUCAAAUACUUAAAAGUUUCGAAACUCGACAACCACCACUUAGUACACUGCCUAGCCACGUAGAACCUAAUAAAUAA